AUGGUGCUUGAGGGCAAGCAUGAGGUGACGAGUGCCGAAGAGAAGCGUUUGAAGGAGGAUCGUGAGCGGACGAAGUACUGGAAGAAAUGGGGAUCAUACACGGCUGAGCGACAAUGGGCUACCGUGCGAGAGGACUACUCAGCUGACGGCAAUGCCUGGGCCGACUUCAACUACGACAUGUCCCGCAGUCGAGCCUAUCGAUGGGGUGAAGAUGGCAUUGCUGGCGUCACUGACACUCAUGGACGUAUGCACAUCACCUUCGCCUUCUGGAACGAGAAAGAUGACCACCUCAAAGAGCGUCUCUUCGGCCUGUCCAACCCACAAGGCAACCACGGCGAGUCGAUCAAGGAAGCUCACUUCCACCUCGACAACACCCCAUCCCACUCGUACAUGAAGUACCUCUACAAGCUUCCACAAAAGGCCUUUCCGUACGAAGAUCUGAUCCAAGAGAACGCUCGACGAUCACGGAAUGAGCAUGAGUACAACCUCAUCGAUACGGGCAUCUUCAAUGAGAGCCGGUAUUGGGACUGCUUCGUUGAGACUGCCAAGGACACCGAGAACCCUGACGAGUUGCUCUUCCGAGUGACAUGCUACAACCGUGGACCUGAGCCAGCCAAGCUACACGUAUUGCCGCACGUCACCUUCCGCAACACUUGGGCUUGGGGCCGCGACGAUUACAAGCCCACUGCACACCAGAUUGGCCAGUUGCAGUCUGAGCUUGACCACAAGGACAUUGGCAAGCGAUACAUGCAAUGCUCGCCGUCACCCAACGGCUGCGGUGGCCAGGACGAUAUUGAACCGGAGAUGCUGUUCACUGACAACGACAGCAACUAUGUCAAGCUUUGGGGUUCCAAGCAGAACAAGACCAAGUAUGUCAAGGAUGCCUUCCAUGAGCGCAUCGUCCAUGGCGACAAGAAGGCCGUCAACCCGCAGAAGACCGGAACGAAGACUGCAGCGUGGUAUGCCUUCAAUCAGAACAAGGGUGUAGCACCGGGCGACUGUGCUGUUGUACGUUUCCGCAUCUCGACCAAACGCAACGACGAGUACCUGGACGAGGAGGAGUUCGACGAAACCAUGGAUCAGCGUCUUGCUGAGGCCGACGACUUCUACUACAAAAUCAAUCCUCUCCCGAUGGCCGACGACCUUCGCAACAUUCAACGCCAAGCCCUUUCUGGCAUGCUCUGGUGUAAACAAUACUACCACUUCGUCUGGGACCAAUGGGCCAACGGCGACCCUGCCAUGCCCGCUCCACCUGCCAGUCGUAAGGCCGUCCGCAACUCUCAAUGGAAACACAUGCAUCUGGAUGAUAUUCUCUCCAUGCCUGAUUCCUGGGAGUAUCCGUUCUUUGCAGCAUGGGAUAGUGCCUUCCACUGCAUACCCCUGGCCAUGAUCGACCCCGAAUUCGCAAAGAAGCAGCUCGACCUCUUCACCCGCGAAUGGUACAUGCAUCCCAAUGGCCAGCUACCCGCCUAUGAAUGGAACUUUGGCGACGUCAACCCUCCUGUCCAUGCGUGGGCGACUUUCCGCACGUUCAAGAUCGAGCGCAAGAUGUAUGGUCGUGAGGAUCUGGACUUCCUUGAGCGUGUGUUUCAGAAGUUGUUGAUGAACUUCACGUGGUGGACGAAUCGCAAGGAUGAGGACGGCAAGAAUGUGUUCGAGGGUGGCUUCUUGGGUCUCGACAACAUUGGUCUGUUCAAUCGCUCGGAUCCCCUACCGACUGGUGGCAAGCUUGAGCAAGCCGAUGCCACAGGCUGGAUGGCAUUCUAUGCUCUGGGCAUGCUGAAUAUUGCUCUUGAGCUGGCCAAACAUCGCCGGAUAUACGAAGAUAUUGCAUCGAAGUUCUUCGAACACUUCAUCAUGAUCUCGGACGCCAUGCAAUUCCGUAAGGGCAGUGAGGAGAAGUCCCUAUGGAACGAUGAGGACGGCUUUUACUACGACGCAAUCACCUGGGGCGGCGGCUGGACCCAUCAGAUGCCCAUUCGAUCUCUUGUCGGCUUAAUACCACUCUUCGCCACCCUCACGCUUGAGCCGCAGGUCAUUAACAGAUUCCCGUCCUUCAAGAAGCGAGUGGAAUGGUUCACGAAGAACAGGCAUGAUGUAGCUGAGCGGAACCUCGCCAGCAUGCAGCGGAGGGGUAAGGACGAGAGGUUGCUCCUGUCGCUUGUCAAUGAGGAUCGUCUGCGCUCUAUCCUCAAGUACAUGCUGGAUCCGAAUGAGUUCCUUGCGGACCAUGGCAUUCGGUCUCUAUCGAAACAUCACAAGGACCAUCCCGUGUCCAUGGACGUCAACGGCCAGAAUUACUCCGUCAGCUACAUCCCUGGCGACUCCGACAGCGGUCUCUUCGGCGGCAACAGCAAUUGGCGAGGACCGAUCUGGAUUGCAGUCAACUUCCUGCUCAUCGAGUCUCUGCUGCGCUUCUACAUGUUCUACGGCAAUACCUUCAAGGUCGAGUGUCCGACUGGCUCUGGCGACUACAUGCACCUGGGCCAUGUGGCUGAGGAGCUUCAGCAUCGUCUGCAGCAUUUAAUGGCUUUCGACAACCAGGGCCGUCGCGCGAUCAACAACGGUAACGAUAUGUUGGAUCAUGAUCCCAACUGGAACCAGCAUAUGUGGUUCUACGAAUUCUUUGAUGGUGAUACUGGCCGCGGUCUUGGCGCAAGCCAUCAGUGUGGGUGGACUGGGUUGAUGGCCAAGAUGAUCCACGAUACUGGUGUCAACUGCCGCUUACCACAAACACCUCGCACGCCCACAGCCGCAGCCUCCCACUACUUCGACGACACCUUUAGCCGCCAGCGUCGCGCCUCGUUGCACACUAACGGUCGUCCUUCAGGGCCCGCACGCUCCAUGACACGCACGCGCUCCAUAGGCGCUAGAAGCGACUGGAGCGAGAAGACCGGUGGCGCCGACAUCGAUGCCGACGGCGACGAUGAAGGCACCUUUUCCAAUGGCAAGCCAACUCCUAGCAGGACCUGGUCGAUCUACAAGGACGACGAUCGCAGUGUCGGUAGGCCUAGACCAGAGGAUAACCCGGAUGAUCCUAUCAACAAGUAUGUCCAGGAUCAACUGGAUCGGAUCAGGACGAAUGAGAGUCAUGAGUUUGCUGAAGAGCUUGCGGCGCAGAAUGAUGGGACUAACGAGCUGUGA